AUGGCUCUGCUUCCCGCCGCAGGGGCGGCGGCGCUGGCGACGCCCUUCGCCGCCCAGCCGUGCGGCCUCCGGCGGGCGUAUGCUCCUCCUGCCGCGGCCCUGCGGCUCGGUCCGCUCUUCUGGCCGUGGGAAAAGGUGAAAAUUGGUCCCCUUUCUGUUUCCCCCAUGGGUUUUGGAACAUGGGCAUGGGGAAACCAGCUACUUUGGGGCUAUCAAGAAAGCAUGGACAACGAACUUCAGGACUGCUUCAAUCUGGCUCUAAGGAAUGGCAUAAACCUUUUUGACACUGCUGACUCGUAUGGAACUGGAAGGCUGAAUGGACAAAGCGAACGGCUACUCGGUAAAUUCAUCCUUGAGUUUGAAGGGACGAUUAAAUCUCCAGAUGAUGUGAUCAUUGCAACUAAGUUUGCUGCAUAUCCUUGGCGACUUACAUCGGGGCAGUUUGUCAGCGCCUGCAAGUCUUCUUUGGAAAGAUUGCAACUUGAUCGGCUCGGAAUAGGGCAGCUGCAUUGGUCUACUGCUAACUAUGCACCCUUGCAGGAGCGCGCCCUCUGGGAUGGACUAGUUGAAAUGUAUGAAAAGGGUCUCGUAAGUGCUGUCGGCGUCAGCAACUACGGGCCAAAGCAGCUUCUGAAGAUCCACAGUUAUCUAGCUUCUAAAGGAGUUCCCUUGAGCUCAGCUCAGGUUCAGUUCUCACUACUGAGCAUGGGUGAGGAUCAGAUGGAACUGAAAACUGUGUGUGAUUCAUUGGGCAUUCGUCUCAUCUCAUAUAGUCCGCUUGGAUUAGGAAUGCUCACUGGGAAGUAUGAUGCUUCUAACCUCCCAAAAGGACCAAGGUCAGUGCUGUUCCGACAAAUUCUUCCUGGGCUGGAGUCUUUGCUGUCUUGCCUGAGAAGGACUGCCGAAAAGAAGGGGAAAACCAUGUCUCAGGUGGCCAUCAACUGGUGCAUCUGCAAAGGCACAAUUCCUAUCCCAGGAGUUAAAACUGUCAGGCAUGUCGAGGAGAACCUGGGCGCACUCGGCUGGAGGCUGAGUUCUGCUGAGAUCGCAGAGCUUGAGUCCGCGGCGAUGGCAGCUCCGAAGAAGAUGGUCCAGAAUGUCUUCCAGACUGCCUGA